AAUGCUCCAGGCGAGUCUCAAGUCAUUCUCUCACUUCAGCCUUUUGAGUGCUGGGACAUGCACUAUACUCAACUUAAGAUUUUGCUUUGAUGGCCACUUCAAUCAGUUUUCAUUUCUGGUGCCCGGGAAGUGGUGGAAGAGUAUGGUCAGGAGCAGGCUACAGGGUAAACAGCAUCAUCUAGACUUCAGAACUUUGCUCCAGGAAGCACCACAGGAGAAGCAAGCCUCACCAUGGAAAAAUGGCAUCAAAAUACGUGAGUGGCAAAGUAGACGCAUGAAUUGUUUUCCAAACGAAGGUGAUAAUGGCAAAAGGCUGCACGUUUUUGCUUCACCGAGAACAGGCCGAUGGAACCCCAGGCAGACACACCCAGCAGCCAGUCAGUGGAAAGCUGCACCUUGGAUCUACCGACAGCAUCCGACCUCAGAGGUCAUGAAGCAUCCCAGGGAGCCAGCAGCAAGUCUCUGGGUUCCCUGGAAUCCCAGGCUUUCCCUUGUUCUUUGACUGCUGAUCCAGGUAGCAGUUCUCUAAGCACUGAGCAAAAGGGCUCCUGGGACUCUGAGAACUUCCGGCUUGAUCCUUCUGUGAAAGGCCAGUUGGAGACCGGGGAAGAGGAGGAUGGACUUCGGAAAUCGCUGGACAGAUUCUAUGAAGCAUUUGCCCAUCCACUGCCGGGCUCUGGGGAUCAGCUCUCUGUACCUGUGUGUCAGUGCCUGUCUCAGACAAUCUCUGAACUCGAGGGCCAGGAGAGCCAAAAGUAUGCUCUCCGCAGUUUCCAGAUGGCCCGAGUUAUCUUCAACCGGGAUGGCUGCUCUGUCUUACAGCGGCAUUCCAGGGAAACCCGCUUCUACCCUCUGGAGCAAGAAGGCAGCUCGGUGGAGGACCAAGAGCCCACCCCAGGACUGUCAAGAGAGGUCAUUCGUUUCCUCUUGAAGCAGACCAUCAUGAAAGACUCAUAGCUGAUGCCUGUGUGAAAGUCGGCAAGGCUGGAGGGGAAAUGCUGUAACUUGGCACUCAGAGUCCCUGAGGGGGUCUCCUGGCAGCUUCCUGUUUCCAGCCAUUAGCUACAAGCUUUGCAGGUAGAGGCUGGCACCAGCAACCUGGUGAUGGAGCCAGUAAACCUAUAGAUGUACCAUCCUACCACUCACCUUGGCCAAGGCUGCUACUGACUCAACUAGGAUUGAGUCCCAGCCCAGCUUCCUUGCCUCAGUCUGUGUUCCAGAGUGCUCUCCUGGGGUCCAGGCCAGGGCUGGGACUUCGGCAGGCAAUCA